GUCGACGUCGUCUUCGUCCAAAGCGCUGACUCUCUUGUCGACAAAUGUUUUCACGUUUGCUGCUGCCUUUUUGUUUCGUCGUUAAAUUGCUCACUCUCUUUCACGCGCUCUUCAUCGAUGACUACGCAAGCUCUAGUCAACAUUAGCACAGGGUGUUGCUGCAGUCGUUGCGCAUCACAAGUGACAGUUCACCGAGGACAGCAAUAAUUGUGUUUGCGUAUUUUGUAACUAUUAUUCAUUUUUUGCUAGUGUUUAGAAUUAUUCAAUAGGUUUAACUUUGUUUUCGACUCGUUCUAUUCUUUAUUAUCGUGGUAAAAAGUGUAACGCUUAUCAAUGAUUCACUAAGCAAUGAAUUUAGUUUGUUUCACUACUGCCACAGUAAACAAUAACAGCAAAAAUCAUGACGUCGACAGCAGAAUGUUCCACCUGCAGAAAGCCACUGAAAACCCGGUCGGCUCGGCAUUACCACGAGCACUGCCACAACCCAAAACUAAAACCAUUCAAGUGCGGGUGCUGCGAGCGUACGUUCAGUUCAAAAUCGCAUAAGAUGUUUCACGAAGAGAGCCACCAGGAACGGCGACUUCCGUGUGAGCACUGUGGGAAAACCUAUCAGCAUCGACGCGAUCUUGAUCUUCAUCUGCAGGAGCACAGCGCGAGCGCGAUGUUUAGAUGCAACAAGUGCACAGAGCAAUUCAGCUCACAGUUGACAUUGACGAAGCACAAGAAGAGCCACUUGGAAGCGAACCGGUACAAAUGUGAUCAAUGUGAGCUGACCUUCAGUCUGAAGGGAAACCUAGUCAAGCACAUCAAGGUGCUGCAUAGCAGGGAGAAGAAGUUCUCCUGUACCCAGUGUGCUAAAACAUUCUACAGAAACAAUGCCCUGCAGUUCCACAUGCUCAGCCAUCGAACGAGAAACUUCCAGUGCAAAACCUGCGAUAAGGAAUUCGUGGAUGCCAGAAAUCUCGAACGGCACCUAAAAACGCACGUGACUCUUAAAGAGUUCCAGUGCGAUGUAUGUGGAAUCUCCAGUUCACGUAAAGACAACAUCAUUAGGCACGCGAAAAGUUUUCAUCCCGAGUCAGAUCUCAGCCGAAUCGUUCUUCGAAAUGAACUUGGAAAUCAGCUCGACACUAUUAAGAAGGAUGCACAACAAGGUUUAAAACUCAAACAAUCGGAAACAACGGUGACACCAGUUGAGCCCACCGCUGCCACGAACAGAGUUAGUGUAAUUAAAGUGAUAGGGAAACCUAAACCGCUGCGAAGCAGCUCAACAAUCCCAACCAGCACAAAAGCACCGAUAACGAAACCCCUCCCCAAGCCAGUCACUAGAAUCGAUCCGUUAGAAAUCUACCGCAAAAUUCUUCAACCCAGCGCCGAAGAAGACGACGACAAUGAUGACGACGAGGAUAGUCUUGAGGUAGCUGACCAAACACCAACGCAAACGAGCAGCCCGGCAGAAGCGGUUGUAAUCGAGCGGCUGCCUCCACCCCCGUCUGAAUCAACAGCUGUUUCGGCGGCGGCAAAUACUACUAACAAUAGCGGUAGCAAUAAUUUACCUUCUAUAAAUAAUUUUUCUGAAGUUCAUUGGCGUAAGCGUACAUCGCAGAUUUUCACGAACUCGACUAGGUGA